AGUUUGUUUCCCCAUGUUUCUCACACUCUGCUUCCCUAUCCAUUACAACACUUUCUAGCUCGACCCGACUUUGUAUUUUCAGUCAUCUCAACAAGCGAGUAUUAUAAAAAUGAGUGUCUCUGGACUCAUUGCCAGUCCCUCAAGAUGUUGCCUUCGGCUACCUGACUGCAAUCAAGGGUUGGUGUGCAGGCAAGUUCCAUCUACUCCAAUUGCCAGCAAACCUAAGGAAAAAUUUGGCAAGCUUCAUCUUGAAAGAAGUAGGUUGACAGUUUCUUUCAGAAGGUGGAAGAUGCAGAAAACUCAUCUGAUCAAAUGUGCAAUGGAUGCUUCCUACGGCGAUAUGGCUAGUGAAUCAGGUGGAGCAGCUAUGUUUCCUAGAAUUAAUGUUCGGGACCCAUACAAACGGCUAGGAAUAAGCAGGGAGGCUUCAGAAGACGAAAUUCAAGCUGCACGGAACUUCCUUAUUAGUAAAUAUGGGGGGCAUAAACCAAGUGUGGAUGCAAUUGAAGCAGCCCAUGACAAAAUAAUUAUGCAGAAGUUCUAUGAAAGGAAGAACCCAAAAAUUGACAUCAAGAAAAAGGUCAGGGAAGUCAAACAAUCCCGAGUUGUACAGGCUGUGACAAGCAGAUUCCAAACUCCAGCCACUAAGUUCAUUGUAAAAACAUCCAUAGCAUUUAUAGUGCUCGGAGUUCUCACUGUUCUAUUCCCAACUGAAGAAGGCCCAACCCUGCAAGUAGCUAUAUCACUGAUAGCUACCUUCUAUUUCAUACAUGAUCGGUUGAAGAGCAAAAUCCGAACUCUACUUUAUGGGGCUGGAGCUUUUAUAUUCUCCUGGUUUCUGGGAACCUUCUUGAUGGUAUCAGUGAUUCCACCUAUUCCUAUUCUUAAGGGCCCAAGGAGUUUUGAAGUGCUGACAUCAUUGAUAACCUAUGUGCUACUCUGGGUUUCAUCUACAUAUCUUAAGUAGUGCUAAAGCACCAGGUUUUUCUUAUUAUAGACUCCCAAUUUUGAAGUAAUGGAUAACCAAAGAUUUUCUUGGUAGUAGCUCAUUGAUCAUGUUAUAUUAGCUUAUGAGAGCUGUGUCAUAUUUCUACUUUGGGCAUUGAUACUAAAGCAUAGUUUGUGGAUAAAUUUUUUUUGUUGACUGGUAAAAAAUGUAAAACCAGUUCAAAGUAAAGAUAGGUUGUUGAUUUUCUGA